AUGCCUUCUGUACUCACUGCCCUGCUCUGCCUUGGGCUGUGUCUGAACCAGAGGAUCAGCACCCUGAAGCAGUCGUUCUCAAAACCUGUUAUCUGGGCCAUACCCAAUUUCAUGAUUCCAAAGGGAAAGCCAGUGGACAUCUGGUGCCAAGGAACUCAUGAAGCUGUUGAGUACCGAUUAUAUUUUGAGGGAAGCCUUUCUGACUUGAAGAUACCAAAAGCACCUGGAUUAAUGAACAAAGUGAAGUUCCUCAUUCCAUCCAUGACGUCACGCACCGCAGGGCAAUACAGCUGCCUCUAUCGGAGUGGGGAACUCUGGUCAAAGCUCAGUGACCCCCUGGAUCUGGUGGUAACAGGAAUGUAUGACACACCCACCCUCUCAGUUCAUCCCAGGCCUGAGGUGAUCUCAGGAGAAAAUGUAACCUUCUAUUGCCGUCUAGAGACUGCAACAAGCAAGUUCUUUCUGCUCAAAGAGGGGAGACCCAGCCGCACACAGCACAGACAUGGGAAUAUCCAGGCAGAGUUCCCCAUGGGCCCUGUGACCACAGCCCACAGAGGGACAUACAGAUGUUUUGGCUCUUACAACAACCAUGCGUGGUCUUUCCCCAGUGAGCCCCUGAAGCUCUUGGUCACAGGAGAUAUUGGGAACACCAGCCUUGUACCUACAGACCCCACCUCUUCUCCUGACUCUUGGGACUCCUACUUUUUAACCACAGAGGCAGGAUUCCAGAAAGAUCUUGCCCUCUGGGAUCACACUGCCCAGAAUCUCUUUAGGAUUGGCCUGGCUUUCCUGGUCCUCGUGGCUAUAGCAUGGCUCCUGAUUAUAGACUGGCUCAGCAGGAAGAGGACACAAGAGGGAGCCAGCAGAGCUUCACAGUGGGAAUUCAGAAGAAGGUUGAGGACACAAAGACCCAUUGAACAGUGA